AUGGCUGAGAAAAUAGUGACCAUCAGCGGCAGUAACCAACCUAUCGUCAAGAUAGGGCAUUAUACUCUAGGGGUGACUCUUGGGGUGGGUACAUUUGGUAAAGUGAAGAUUGGCGAACAUGUCCUGACAAAGCACAAGGUUGCUGUAAAGAUACUCAACAGGCAGAAGAUCAAGAAUCUAGAUGUAGUGGGCAAAAUCAGACGUGAGAUACAAAAUCUCAAGCUGUUUAGACACCCGCAUAUAAUCAAAUUGUACCAGGUGAUAUCAACUCCAACAGACAUAUUUAUGAUAAUGGAAUAUGUAUCUGGUGGAGAAUUAUUUGACUAUAUUGUUAAACGAGGUAAAUUACAAGAGCACGAAGCAAGACGGUUCUUCCAACAAAUAAUAUCUGGUGUGGACUAUUGCCACCGGCAUAUGAUUGUGCAUCGGGAUCUGAAGCCAGAGAAUUUAUUACUUGAUCACAACAUGCAUGUCAAGAUAGCAGAUUUUGGAUUGUCAAAUAUGAUGACGGAUGGUGAAUUUUUAAGAACUUCCUGUGGGUCACCUAAUUAUGCAGCACCUGAGGUUAUAUCUGGAAAACUAUAUGCAGGUCCUGAGGUAGAUGUAUGGUCUUGUGGUGUGAUACUGUAUGCCCUGCUCUGCGGUACACUACCAUUUGAUGAUGAACAUGUUCCUACAUUGUUUAGAAAAAUUAAAUCUGGCAUAUUUCCAAUACCUGAAUAUUUGAAUAAGAAUGUAGUUAGCCUGCUUUGUAUGACGUUGCAAGUGGAUCCAAUGAAGAGGGCCUCUAUUGAAGAUGUUAAGAAACAUGAAUGGUUCCAAAAAGAUCUGCCUGGAUAUCUAUUCCCUUCUCCUGUUGAGCAGGACAGCAGCGUAAUAGACACUGAAGCGAUAUCAGAAGUAUGUGACAAGUUUGGGGUUAAGGAACAUGAAGUCCAUAAUGCAUUACUGAGUGGUGAUCCACAUGACCAAUUAGCAAUUGCGUACCAUCUCAUCAUAGACAACAAGCGGAUUGCAGAUGAGGCAGCUAAAGCUGAAAUAAAGGACUUCUAUGUUGCUGCCAACUCUCCGCCAUCGGUUCCGUCGGAGUCAGCGCGGCCUCACCCUGAGCGUAUUGCGCCGCACCCACACCCGCACGGCCCGCAAGACAAGACAAGGGGUACGCCCGUCAAGAGGGCGAAGUGGCAUCUCGGCAUUCGGUCUCAGAGCAAACCAAACGAUAUUAUGUUAGAAGUAUUCCGCGCUAUGAAGGCUCUUGACUACGAGUGGAAAGUAAUCAACCCAUAUCACGUCAGAGUACGUACUCUAAACAAAAUGACAGAGAAAUAUGUGAAGAUGUCUUUGCAAUUAUAUCAAGUGGACUACAAGUCAUACCUGCUAGACUUCAAAUCUCUGUCCGGGGAGAAGGAGGACACUGAAGAAGACGCGUCCUCACCUCUAGUCGCCUCCCUUCCCAUCCCGCCGCCCGUGUCUCCCACACAGUUGCAGGGCCACCACACAAUGGAGUUCUUUGAAAUGUGUGCUGCACUGAUCAUACAGCUAGCUCGGUAG